UUCAAUCUUCCGCGCGCGGCAUCUCCCCGUCUCCGUGGCCUCCAAGUUAGUCUGCUUGGGGUUGUUUUCUCCACAAUUAUCGCUGACUUCUGCGUCGCUGUCAUCCCCGCGAUGCACUAGGCAUUCACCUUCUAAUCGUGAAAUCCGUGACAAUCACUAUUUUUGUCUGUAAAGAGCAAGCGACUACUGCGCAGGGUGCCUUGACCAAGGUUAGAUAUAUGAAGUACCAGCUGCUGGAGAGAGUCGUCGCAGGGUUUUGUACAUGGUCAAAUUAAUCACAUUUUUGGCGACACUAAUUGGCAGAACUCCAAGUGUGACUACAGGAAACAGUCUUUGGAUCCGUGGAGUACGUGUGAAUCGGUACCAAGGUUCGAUCCUAUGGAUGUAUGGGUUAAAUUGGUUAUUAGUGGUACUGAUGUUCUUUAUCUGGACUGGCUUGCUCUAUUCAUGUUGUAUGUCCAGCAUGAAGCAAGGACCUGUUCGUUUUGCUGUUGAUGAAGUACAUCUUACACUGGAUACGGAAUGUGGGGACGAGACAUCGAAUGCUGAGGCUAUUGCACAAGAGCUACAGGCCUAAGAUUCCAAAGUCCGCGUCUAGACAAGUGGCCUUUCUCGGUCGAAGGACGACCUAGACCUGCGCUCAUCUGUAUUGCUGAGACUGGCGACAUGUUGCUUGAACAUUUGAACAAGAACUGAGCCAGCAGGAGAUAGAGAAGCGCAUCGAUAGAAAAGAGGGCGUACGAUUGGAUUUCUUUGGUCUUUGGUUACUCACAACAACCUAGCCAGUGUUACUUCGAUCAAUCCCUGCUAUCUCUUCUUUCCUUUGUGAUAUCAUCCAUAGCCAGCACUAGAACCCGAGGGAACUACGCUGGAGGAUGACGCCCCGCCAGAAGUGGG